UUGUAACUGCACCUACAGUCAAGAAGAAGCAAUUUGUAAAUAAUUUGUAGUUACUGUGGCUUCUUCAUAUGUUAAUAUUUUUUUACAAAAAUAAUAUACAAUGCAAGACGGCGAUGAACUUGCCAAUAACACUAAUUUAGUUUGUAAAGUUUGCGGGGAGCGCCAAUUUACAUUACGUGAAGGUUUCUACUACUGCCAGGAAUGCGGUACGAAGCAAGAACAAGUGCGUGCUGUGGAAAUCGAGCAAGAGGAAGAUUUUAUAGAAGGAAAAAAUAAGAAAAGGAUUAAAAUAAAAACGCUCAAAGCAGAGAAACCAAAUCUCACAUCAUGGGAAUGUUAUAAUUACAUUUUACGCGGUCUUGUCAACGAUCUGCUAUCGUUCGGUGCUAAAGAAGAGCUAAAAUUAAUGACACUUCAACUGUGGACAGCUUAUUUGCGACGAAAUGAAGUGGCAUUCUUUAGUAGAAAACGUGUUGAGUUGCCGAAGUUGGGCGUACGCUAUUUACAGAGAUUUACUUGCUUGCAAAACUAACGAAAA